UGACUCAGCUCUUACCGUGAUGUUCCUGCUGCUAUAAAUUGCUGCCAGCAAUGCCUCACCAGGCUCAGCUCCAGCAGAGCAAGAGGGAGAGGAUUUUUACCUGCACCUAGCUCCCCAUCAGGCGCAGGCACAGGAGGAGCAGAAGAGGAGCAGGCAGCAGAAGGCAGCAUCAGGACACAGGGCCAGCAUGGUGUCGCUGCUGGACAACAUAGCCAGACCUUCUGCUGUCGUUCUGCAGCUGUCUGUGGUGCUUGGUGUCAUCUUCAUGCUCCUGAAGGUGGCCCAGUUCUACCGGGAGAGGAAGAAACUCAUCAAAGCUCUGGAGGCAUUCCCUGGUCCCCCAAAACACUGGCUGUAUGGCCACAAUCAUGUGAUAACUUCCGAUAAAAUCUUAAGACAGGUAGUGUCAUGGGGAGAAGAAUACCACUAUGCUUUUCCCAGAUGGUUUGGACCACUCCUGCCUUCUCUAAUAGUCCACCAUCCUGAAUAUGCCAAAAGUGUACUUGGCCAAACGGAUGGCAAGCCCAAUAUACCUUACAAAUUCUUAGCUCCCUGGAUUGGGCGGGGACUGUUGCUCUUGGAUGGAACCAAAUGGUUCCAGCAUCGGAAGCUGCUCACCCCAGCCUUUCAUUAUGACGUGCUGAAAUCUUAUGUGGCCUUGAUGUCAGACUCAGUCAAAGUGAUGUUGGAUAAAUGGGAAAAGCAGAACACAGAGGAGAAGUCAGUGGAGCUCUUUCAAGACGUUAGCUUGAUGGCACUAGACAGCAUCAUGAAAUGCGCCUUCAGUUGUAAUACCAACUGUCAAACUCAGAGCAACUCAGACUAUUAUAUCAGAGCUGUUUAUGACCUGAGCUCCCUCGUGAGUGACAGAGUUCAGACUUUUUCUUUCAAGGAUGUCUUCUAUGACUUGACUCCCAAAGGCCAUCAGUUUCGGAAUGCCUGCAAGAUGGCCCAUACCCACACAGAUAAAGUAAUAAAAGAAAGAAAGAUGUUGCUCUCCAGUGAGAAGGAACUUGACAAGAUCCAGAAGAAGAAACAUCUGGAUUUUCUGGACAUUCUUCUUUGUUCCAAGGAUGCAAAUGGAGUUGGGCUAUCUGAUGAGGACCUGCGUGCCGAGGUGGACACGUUCAUGUUUGAGGGCCACGAUACGACAGCCAGUGGGAUCUCCUGGCUCUUGUACUGCCUGUCAUUAUAUCCAGAGUACCAGCAACAGUGCAGGGAGGAGAUCCAGGGGAUCUUGGGAGACCGAGAUACCAUUGAGUGGGAGGACCUUGGGAAGAUGACUUACACCACAAUGUGCAUCAAAGAGAGCUUGCGUCUGUUCCCACCGGUUCCUUCCGUGUCCCGAUACCUCUCUAAAGCUGUCACAUUUUCUGAUGGACGCAGCUUGCCAGCAGGCUGCCAGGUUGGACUGAGCAUAUUUGCUAUUCACAGGAACCGGGAUGUGUGGCAAGACCCCGAGGUAUAUGAUCCCCUAAGGUUUUCUCCAGAGAACUCAGCACAGAGGCACUCCCAUGCUUUCCUGCCUUUCUCUGCUGGAUCCAGGAACUGCAUCGGGCAGCAGUUUGCCAUGAAUGAGAUGAAGGUGGCACUGGCUCUCACCUUGCUUCGUUUCAAGCUCUGCCCUGACCCAUCCAGGCCUCCCAGACUGAUGCCACAGCUCAUCCUCAGGUCCAGCAAUGGGAUCCACCUGCAUUUGAAGAAGAUUCACUGAUCCUGUGGGGUACCAUGGUGAGGGGCAAGUGCUUUCCCAAGGACCACCCUCCACCCAGAAGUUUAAGAAGGGGACAACAAACAGCCCCACCCUGGCUACCUUGGUCCUCUCCCACAUUAACCUCCUUCCCUGCUGCUGUCCAGGGAGGCACACUGAGCCCCCUUACACACACGCUGAACCCAGCAGGUCCAGGUCCCAUCCUUGCACAGGGAACAGCACUGCCAAGAAGAUUUUGCAGCACAGCUGUGGCUCAGCCUUCACCUCCACGGGCAUCCUCCAUGUCCUACUCAUCUCCUCACCUCCAACCUGCCCUUGCACACUGCCUGGCAGAACUGUCACCUGCUUGUGUAUCUGCAACGUUGCCAGUCCCCUGCUCGGCCAUGGCAGUGAAUAACACUGGCAUGGUUUGCACGGGUGUCUAAAGCCCGGACACUGCCCAAGCACCAUGUCCCUCCCCUGCCUCCAGCCUGGGUGUGCUGGUGCAGGAGAGCUCCUCCCUGCAGCCACACUGCAUCCCCACGCACCACCCUCCAAACUAUUCCCCCUAAUCCAUUCUGGGGCUGACGCUGUGCCUGCUGUUAUAGAGACAAAAGCCAGCAGGUUUUUCUGCCCUGGCGCUGAACUUCCUUGAGUUGAGGCUGCUCAGGAGCCAGUGCAAAGACGUGUCACCAGCUAACCUGGAACAAGCACCCACCAUGCUGAAAACAACAUGCAAUCAGCCUUGUUGUCUUCUCUGAAAUGAGAAUAAAGCCUUGUGGAGAUGCUCCCCAA